GACCAACUACGGAACACCAACUCUGAACAUUACAGGAGGUUAUCUGCAGAGGUAGAAGCUACGAUGUUGGCCAUGAUGAAGAAGACACAACACUCAAAGAAAGUGAAGAACGUCGUCGUCACAAAACUGAAGGUGGUGAAAAACGAAGUAGUGGCCGUGUAUGAUGUGUGUCUGGAAGACGCCAACACCGUGCACGGUAUGGACAUGCAGAACGAAGUGAGGGCUGCCAGCAGCGUGGGGAACUAUCUCGGCAUCAACAUGCGGACAGUCUGCUAUAUAGAGUCAGACGACAGUAACUGUCCCACAGCUGCCUCAGUCAAUGGGGGCUCAUCAGGUCUGAACGCCAGUACAGCUAUCGCCCUGUGGGUGUCCCUGGCCCUGCUGCUCCUGCUGCUGUUACUUGCUCUGUGCUGCGCCUGGAGACAUCACAGAAACAAAAAGUAUUAUGAUGACAAGUCAGAGUUCGACUACCCUCCAUCCAUCCACGGUCCAUUCUAUCAAAUGACACAAGACGACCCGAUUCCAGUGGUACCGACUGCACCGACCACUCUGACAGUCUGGCCUACUGUGACCACCCUGCCAGCGCCAAUGCCUGCGUAUCUGGAAACCCGUCGCCAUUCCAGUCUGCGAAGACAAAGCAUUGUACCAGCAACCUUCUCCAAUCCACGAAAACUAUCAGCCGCAUCAACAACAUAUUCUAUUCCACGAAAACCGUCCCUCACCAUGGCGGCUUAUCCUGGUCAGCGGAGACCGUCUCUUUCUGCGGCGGUGUACCCUCGCCCUCGCCUACCGUCCUUCCCAUCGACAUACGUCCCCGCAGCACCCCUGGCCCUGGGUCCCCCCGAUGACUACAUGAUCCCAGAAGUCCCAGAAGAAAGGGACGCUCAGUCGGUCUCCUACUUUUCCGACGACGAUCAAAACUUGAAUAGCAUGCAAAUCAGCUACCAGAUGAAGUAAAUGAAAAUCAAUGUGGGAGCAAUGUGUGUGGGAGCAUAAGAUACAAAACA